AGGACCUCCGUCCAGGGUCCAGUCAGAUGUGCUCUGAGCUCCGAGACUGAGGACUUUCACAAUGUGGUGGUAACACUGUGAGCUGGAAAGGCGUCAUGGCGUCGUGUUCCACAGAACCCAAAGUGCCCUUCUCCCUGGAGCCCUACCACGUCUCCACCGAGCUGGGCUUUGUCCUCCCAGCACCACUGCAAGAGCUGCCAGGGUAUUACCGACCAUGGAUGGAAAUCGCCUUCCAAGUCUCAGAUCUGGUACAGUCCCACACGCUGCGUUCACGCAUUGACAAGAUGCCCCUGCUCAGCACUGAGUACCUGCAGAGCCACCGGGAGCUGCGCCUGGCUCACCUAGCGCUCAGUGCUAUGACCAUGGGCUACGUGUGGCAGGAGGGGGAGGAGGGCACCAUUCAGAAGCUGCCCCGGACCCUGGCUGUUCCUUUCUGGGAGGUGUCCCGGAGCCUGGGGCUGCCCCCCAUCCUCACCCACGCAGACGCCGUGCUGGCCAACUGGAGGAAGAAAGACUUGGAUGGACCGUUUCUCAUGGAAAACCUGGAGCUCCUGGUAAGCCUGCCCGGUGGAGACAGCGUCCGUGGCUUCUUCAUGGUCACUCUACUGGUGGAGCUGGCAGCAGUUCCAGCACUGAGGAGCAUUCCCGCCCUGGUGAACGGCGUGCGGCGGGGAGACGGCGAGGCGGUGGCGGACGCCCUGGAGGUCCUCCAGCAGUCCCUGCAGGAUAUGAGGAACACCCUCAAGCUGCUGCACGUGUACGUGGAGCCGUCCAUCUUCUAUGGCAUCAUGAGGAUUUAUCUCUCUGGGUGGAGGGACAACCCCUGCAUGCCGCGGGGCCUGGUGUACGAGGGCGUGGGGCCGGAGCCCGUGGAGCUCUCUGGGGGCAGUGCGGCUCAGAGCAGCCUGCUGCACUGCUUCGACCGGCUGCUGGGGGUGCAGCACGAGACAGACAGCGGACUCUUCCUGGCCCGUAUGAGGGACUACAUGCCCCCGGCCCACCGGCGUCUGAUCCAGGACCUCUCGGGGGAGCCCUCUCUGAGGGACUUCGUCCAGGGGGCCAGCCACGCCCGCCUGGGCCGCGCCUUCGAGCAGUGUUUGAGCCGGCUGGUGUCCCUGCGGAGCGACCACAUCAACGUGGUCGGCCGCUUCAUCAGUGUCCCCGCCGGACGGGCCCGCCGGCUCCGCUCCCAGGGCCGCACCCCAGGAGGGCCCCUGAGCCAGGCGCCCGUGGCCCUGGAGGAGAGGGGCACCGGGGGCUCGGGCAUCAUGACCUUCCUGAAGACGGUGAGGGACCGCACCAGAGACGCCAGACUGCCGGGGAGCAGCGAGGUGCCGGAGGAGCAGGGAGACGGCUGUGAUCCGGACUGACUUUGAGGCGAUGCUGGACCAGGGAGACGGCUGUGAUCUGGACUGACUUUGAGGCGAUGCUGGACCAGGGAGACGGCUGUGAUCCGGACUGACUUUGAGGCGAUGCUGGACCAGGGAGACGGCUGUGAUCCGGACUGACUUUGAGGCGAUGCUGGACCAGGGAGACGGCUGUGAUCUGGACUGACUUUGAGGUCCUGCAGGUGCUGCAGGAGGCACUAGGGUCUGACUGCAGUCUGACUGCAGUCUGACUGCAGUUUGUUAGAAAGGCCAAAGCAUGCGUCUCUGUUAGUGAGAGCAACGUGCUGGGAUCUGUUAGGGUGAACUCUACCAGACCAUUUGGAUUUUAGCCGCGGGUAAUUAUUUAAUUCCUUUUAGUUUUGAUUUCA